AUGCAGGACACUUCCGUCUAUGGCAUUGUCACCGAUAGUUUCCGCUGGGAUUUUAUCCAAAUCCGCGCUAACAGCGAAAUGGAAAAGAGCAAGGCCGAAAUUGUGUCCGUCCUCUACGAGAUUUUCGAGACCGCCGCAUGUUCCUCCGCCCAACCUCAGCAGCAGCGAAAACGAUGGCGACAAGGCUCAGAUACUGAAUUCACGACUGAGCUGGACAAACCGUCAAAGAUACAAAGAUAG